AAUGCUCGGCUCGGCGCCUAGAGGUUCUUUGCCCGACGCGUACCGCGCCCGACGCGCAGCCCCUGGCAGGAGAAGGAGCAGCGGAUGCCUCCGUGGCAGCAGCUCGGCCCCCGCCCGUCGAUCGCCGCCGUGGCGGCGGAUCGGCCCCCGCCCGUGGCUCGCCCUACGGCCGCCACUGGGAUGAGGGAUGGCAGGCGGCUGUCCCCCAGAGCCCACGCUCGCCGGCGGGUACUCAUCCAUCCGCCGGAUCGAGGCCCCGCCCCCUGCUCGACUCUGGGGAGGGUUCGAGUAUUUGGCUCGGACCCUUUCCAUGAAGCCGGUCGACGGGGAGUCGUCCGUGGCUGCGGAUCCACGCGCCGCCGGCCCGGUUCCCCCGGUGGACGCUCGCCGCCCUGAGCCGCCUCAGAUCCGCGUCGACUCCGUGCUCGCCUUCGGUGGCGGCGGUGGCGGCACGGUGAAUUGGAGGAUGAGGAGGAGGGGGAGGCUAGCAGGGGCGAUGGCCAGCCGGCGGCCACGGAGUACAUGUCCAAGAACAUGGAGGCGCCGCGGCAGGCUCAACAGCCACAUCCUCGCGGUCAGGGCCGUCGUGCCCAACAUCAGCAAGAUGAGCAAGGAGUCCACCCUCUGCCCGGUCAGGAAGAAGGCCGAUUCAGUUCUCCCAAGCUGAGCAAGAUCAACGAGUUCAACUCGAUUUUUCUCAAGAUUUCAUAUUCAUGCUCGUCUAAAGGUUAAACUAGAAACUGUAGAUGGAUGAUAGGGCUGCAAUUCUUGUAUUUAAAGUUUUGUGAUUCGAGCAAAGGAUUUGGAGAUCAGGACAGUCAAAGUCCGGCCGAUGCAACGAGUUUGGUUCACGUUUCAGAGUUAACUGCCGCCUGAAGCUGAGACUUUCUUUAGAUUUCUCCCUCGAUUUCAAACAGUGUCUUAUCAAAAAGUUUAACUGCGGUUUGUAAAGGGUGGAUAGAGCUCUAAAUUUUGUACUUCAUAUUUGUUGAUUUGAAGCACGUAUUGGGAGACAAACAAGUUCAAA